GUCUUCUCAAAUUAGCUCCCUUUCUUUAUCUUCAUCCUCACGCCCUAAUUCGCUGUGGAUAUAAAUCCUCAUUGACUUUUGUCUUGUUUCCAUGAUUCGAAUCUAGGGUCUCACGUCUCGUUUGGAGAAUCAUCCCUCUCUCUCUCUCUUGGUGUUUUCUUGCCGCAUCUGAGAUCUCUGCAACUUUAGAAUCGAAAUUCGAGAAUUAGGGCUUUUACGUUGGGUUCUAGGGUUUCGAAGAGCAUAAGAUAAUAAUGCCUUCGGUGCCCACCAAGCUUCUCCUCCUUCUACUUUUGAUUCCUUCGUUGACUCCUUAUCAUUCUGGUUUGUCUUCGCAUCGUCUUAAACCUCUUGAAAAGUCUGAUUGGCGUGGUAAUCUUAGUUAACGUUUCCUUCUCCUUCUUCUUCUUAUCUGUUCUCGUUGACCCUUUUCUUCUCUCGUCCUCCUUGUCUGGUUCUUGAGAUUUUCCUAGCUCGAUCGUUGUUGUUUUUCAACCUUCUGGGCGUUGCUUGGUUUGCAAGUUACAACCAAUAAAGUUACUACUACUGUGUGACUCUUCUCUUGCUUUAGCUGGAUAUGAGCUCUGUUUGUGGUAAGCUGGAUUUCAAAGAUGCGGACUUUGACAUCUCCACUUCGAGUCCUCCUACGCAAUGCUGUAAUGGCUCGAAGCAUUCCUCUCAUGCUGGAUCUGAAGAGUCUCAGGAGUCUGAUGGAGAUGAAACUGGUUAUAUACACCAAACCGAGAAUGAAGAUUCAGUUACCAAGGAUUUAGGCAAAUCCACUUUAGAAUCUUUACCCUCAGAUGAUGAAAACAAGGAUGACAAUGUUAAUAUUCAGACACCAGUUGUUCUCAUCCCGGCCAUAAAAGGCAGCCGGGAGAAGCACGGCUUGUCACUGAAGAAGUCGAGUGUUUCAUGGGCGGAUGACGUGUAUGACCCUCCUCCCUCCAUAGCCUCGCACACAAGAAACAAGAAGCAACAGCAGCACAAGUCCAAGAGCAAAGACAACCACAGGAAGACCGGAAAGAAAGGUCAGAAGAACUCUUCUUCUCGUAGUGGCAAGGACAAGAAGCAAGCUGCUCGCAAACACAGCCGCGAGAAAUUUGAUUGGGUUACUCAGAUGCCUAUAGUUGCAGCAUCUUCUUGAAUGGCAUUGGCAGCUUUUCUCCCUCUUUUUUUGUCUAAUAAAUAAUCAAAAUCACUUUUGUGUGUGUGUUUCCUGUUUCAGUUUGACUUCAGCUUUUCUUAUGAGUAAUGGUUUAAUCUUAAACACUAUUGUGAAGACUUUGUUGAAGCUUGGUUCUUGUUUUCUCUUUUUUUUUUUUUUUUUUUUUUGUAAUUUAGUUUCACCUUUGUGAAAUAUAACUCAAUGGAACUUUGCUAUUUGA